AACAGAUGGACAACUGUGGGAAGGAAAGAGGUAAAUGGGGUGUGGGGUCGCCUGUUAGGUGUCCAAUUAAUUAUGGACUUUAUGUGGGAUGAAGGGUCUGCUUUUUACUUUUAAAAUUAGAAAUAAGACGUGGAGUCCGCGAGAAAUAAAUAAUAAUAUAAUAGUUGAGGAUAAUAAAGAGAAGAGAAAUAUGAUAGGGUAAUUAGAAAAGAAGUGGGGUAAUGAGAAUACAAAAUUUCCAAGUGGGUCAAUAUAUAUUACUUUCCGAAUCUGUAGCUAUCGUGUUGUAAAAUAUAUUUUAUUUUAAUAUUUUGGAAAUAACUUCAGUUUGAUUGAAAAAUACAUAAUUAAGUGUAUUCAUAUAUUUUGGCUGUGUGAUUUUAAAUUUAUAUUUUGAUUAUAUUUAAAAAAAAAAAAAUUAUGUUAAUUCAUGUGCCUUUAACCAAAACAUCUGCUAUAUUUUAAACAGAAGCAGUAUGUUACAAUCUUGUUAGAAACAAGAUUAUAAUUUGCAUUUUUAUCUUCUCCAUCUUAACAAUUUUUAUCUUCUCCAUCUUAACAAACACAUUCUUCUAUUUUUUUUUUCUUUUCCCACAAAUUUCGUUUUCUUCAUUGUUAAUCUCACCUCUGGUUUGGCCCUUUUCUACGGGUAAUUAACUCCGUUUCUGAUUACUUUUCUUUCGUACCACAUUAUGUGCUUGAGACAGUGAUUUGUUCAUUUCGUCAUUUGCAGACAAAACUACAAAACAGAACAAGAGUUUCUUUGUUUCAAACUGUCCCCAUGGUUGUUGUAAUGGAUCCUCAUCGUUGCUUUUUAGGCAGGGUAAUCUGAAAUUCCCAGCGCAUCAUUCAUUCGAGAAUCUCUCCUCGUUUGGUUUAUGAUAUUGUCAAAGUUGUGUAUAUACAUAGGUUGCGGUCUGAUUCUUUCUCAAAAAGCUUGAAGAUGAUAUAUGUUCAUGGAUAUUAAGAGCACAAUGUAUCUGAAACUGAGGAUAUUUUUGUGAACGAGGAGAACAGACAUUGACCAUUUUGAUAUGUAUUAUGAAAGAAUAAGAAUUUUGCUUUUCUUGGUUUGGUUCUUGUGAGACCAUGAGAAUGGAGAUACCAUGAAGUUCAAGUAAGAUGUUAAAUAGGGAUAGUUUCCAUGGUAAUGCCGAUUGUGGCAGUAAGAUGAAUGGAGACAAUGUUUGCAAUCAGACAGGGGAGGAGUUUUCAGAUGAGUUCUUGAAGAAUUAUAGUGCUCAAAGGAAAGCUAGUAAAAAUGUUGAGAAGAGUGAUUAUGAGGAUCUCAAUCGAGUCCUCGGGAUCCAGAGAGUUGAUUCCGGCGUUUCAGAUGUUGCUGACUCGGUUUGGAUGUACCAAACAGCAUCAGAUGUUUCAUUACCUGUAAAACUGAAGCUUCUAUGCAGUUUUGGGGGAAGGAUCUUACCGCGGUCUGGUGAUGGGAAGCUUAGCUACAUUGGAGGAGAGACUCGAAUAAUCUCGACGUAUAAACAUGUUGGUUUGAAUGAGUUGAUGCAAAAGACAUUUGCUAUAUGCAACCAUCCUCAUACAAUCAAGUACCAAUUACCAGGAGAAGAUCUUGAUGCACUAAUCUCCGUUCGCUCAGAUGAAGAUCUUCUUCAUAUGAUUGAAGAGUAUCAAGAAGCUGAAGAGAAGGCUGGUUCCAAGAGGAUAAGAGUGUUUCUUGUGUCUUUAACUGAGACACAGAACUUAAACCAAAACACUCAGCAUACAGAUAUUGAACAUUAUCAAUAUCUUUCAGCUCUUAAUGGCUUUGUGGAUGUGAGUCCUCAAAAGAGUUCAAGUGGGAAAAGUCAAGCAACAACACAAUUUGGAACUGCUUCGGAUAAUUAUAGCCCUACCUUAAGUCAUAGAGACUCUACUACUUCUAGUCAUUACAUGCAUGGGAUUCAGAUACCAUAUGACCUCCCAUCUCCUUCAUCAGCACACAAGAGAUCCAAUACCGACACUUCUUACUUCGUUAACCCAUAUGGAAUCUAUGACAAUAACUUCCCUUUCAUGGUUGGUUCAAACUUCCCACAGCAGAAUCCUUUCUUGAUUGAGACGAACCAUCCUGAGAGGAACUUCCACAGGAGCCCCAGUGGGAAUGUUUUUCCUCAUCCUCAAACCGGUCCAUCCUAUACCGGGUCUGGGAAACUUAUGCUAAAAAACGUUGUUUCUGAUCCACAGUUGCAUGAUGAGAGCCAAAUAGAGAACCGGUUAGAAGCAGUCACCAAGCCUACAUGGCAAAUGGUGAGAGAGAAGUCACCUUCUUUGGCUAUGUCGUUUGGUUCAGAGAAAUGGGAAGAGAGUUACUUCUCAUUCAAGAAUCCACAACUAGUAAACAACGAGACUCAACUCACCACAGAAGUUAACAAAUGGAUGAACAAUGAGGAUCCUAGCUCCUUUGAUAUUUUUGCUUCAAAUCAACUUGGAUUUAGUGAAACUAGUAGCUCCUUCAGUCAAAAUUGCCAUAGAGUUGUCAGGAUUGCUUCCAUCGGUUCACAAGACUCUGCAGGAAACUCUGUGUUCUCGUUGGCCACCAAUACCAACGAGAAUCUUGCUGAUUGUCUGGUUAGAAAAGACAAUCUUGAUGCACUCCCACGAACACAAAUAUCAUCUAAUGAUCUUUACAGAAAGAAUCUGCUUGGUGCAAGGGUCAUAGUUGAGGAUGUUACAAACGGUACUACUAUUGUUCCUCAUGUACAUAUUAAAACAGAUGAUAAUAACUACUAUACAAGAGAAGGAGAGAAUACAAGUGUUUGUUCUGAAUCUAGAAUAGAGGAAAAAUAUGGUAAAGGAAACAUUAAUGAUGAUGCAGUGGGAGAAGCUGGAAUCUGUAACGUACAGAUUAUAAAGAAUACAGAUCUUGAGGACUUACAUGAGCUAGGAUCUGGAACAUUUGGAACUGUUUAUUAUGGGAAGUGGAGAGGGACUGAUGUUGCUAUCAAGAGGAUAAAGAAUAGCUGCUUCUCUGGUCGAUCAUCAGAGCAAGAACGACAGACGAAAGAUUUCUGGAGGGAAGCUAGGAUCUUGGCGAAUCUUCACCAUCCAAAUGUGGUGGCCUUUUAUGGGGUUGUGCCAAAAGGACCUGGUGAAAGUAUGGCGACUGUGACUGAGUUUAUGGUUAAUGGAUCUUUGAGACAUGCCUUGCACAGAAAAGAUAGGUCGCUUGAUCGGCGCAAGAAGCUGAUGAUAACACUAGAUGCUGCAUUUGGUAUGGAGUAUUUACAUUUGAAGAACAUAGUUCAUUUUGACCUAAAAUGCGAUAACUUGCUUGUUAACUUGAGAGAUACGCAACGACCAAUAUGCAAGGUUGGUGACUUUGGAUUGUCAAGAAUAAAACGGAACACGCUGGUCUCUGGUGGAGUUAGAGGAACACUUCCAUGGAUGGCACCAGAGCUGUUAAAUGGAAGCAGCAACCGCGUCUCUGAGAAGGUAGAUGUUUUCUCAUUUGGUAUCGCCAUGUGGGAGAUAUUAACAGGCCAAGAACCUUACGCAGAUAUGCACUGCGGCGCCAUAAUAGGUGGGAUUGUGAACAAUACGUUGAGACCAUCGGUGCCGGAUAAAUGUGAUCAGAUGUGGAGAGAGUUGAUGGAGCAAUGCUGGUCGUUUGAUCCAGCGAUACGACCAUCGUUCACGGAGAUUAUUGAUCGGCUCCGGCUAAUGUCAGCUGCCUUGCAAACCAAGCGACGAACCCAAACCACCAGCCGAUGAAGUAAAAGUGAAAGAGUUAUUGUAAAGCUAUAAGAUUAAAGGAUGAAUACUGUAAAUUAGUAGUAAUAUUUAUAGAUAUACACACGUGGCGGCUUUCGUCGGAGUAAUGUUGUUGUAUCCACAAUAUAAACGUUGAAUGCAUGUC